UAUAGGAUUCGCGUUCACACGAACCAGACUCGCUCAUCACUCUCUCUCUCCCCACAAUUUGCUGCUUUAACUGCUCUCUCUCUCCAUGUGGGGAUGAUGUGGCAUUACUCAUCUCCCUCGCCUCUCUCUGAUUCACAUCUUCUCCUCGAAUGAUCGGUUAAAAGAGAGGAGGAGGAUAUGGUUUCAGAGACUUGGUUUCGCAAUCUGCUGAGAUUCCCAAAGAAACACGAUCAAGCUCACAAAGAUAAAGCCGUGCUCGGAGUAUUAGCCUUCGAGGUCGCGAGUUUACUCUCCAAACUCGUCCACUUAUGGCAGUCUCUCAGCGACAAGAACAUCACACGGCUCAGAGACGAGAUAACACGCUCCACGGGUGUAAAGAAGCUUGUUUCGGAGGACGAUGACUUCGUGGUGAGGCUGAUACGCGACGAGAUGAUGGAGAAUAUCGAGAGCGUGGCAAAAGCCGUGGCUAGGCUCGCGAGAAGAUGUAAUGAUCCAAAGCUGAGGAGCUUUGAGAGCUGUUUCUGUGAGAUGAUGAUGAAGACGACGGGGGGAGGCGAUCCUUACGGGUGGCGUUUCGGGUGGAAGAAGAUGGAUGGGAAGGUUAAGAAGAUGGAGCGUUUCAUCUCGGCUAAUGCGAGUCUUUACCAGGAGACUGAGAUUCUUGCGGAUCUUGAACAGACGGUUAAGAGGAUGAUGGUGAGUAGUGAAUCCGCGACGGAUAGUGUUUUGGAGUAUAAGAAGAAAGUCACGUGGAAAAGGCAUGAGGUGAAGAAUCUGAGGGAUGCGUCUCUUUGGAACCGGACUUAUGACUAUACGGUUCUUCUCUUGGUUAGAUCGGUUUUCACCGUCUUGACUAGGACUAAGCAUGUUUUUGGUAUUAGCUACAGAGGAGUGGAGGCUAGCGAUGAUGUUAGCUCUGUGGAUUCUGAUUUCAUAGGCCGCAGCCAAUCGGUUUCUACUGUUUUGACGCAUUUGUCUCAUCAGUCCGAGAGUGUUGGUCCUCCUAGAUUUGCUUCUGGUCCCCUUGGGAGAUUCACCGGUCCAGCAUCGGGUUCGGUUCCUACAAGGUCCGCGAAGAUGAGUGAUUUCCUUUCGGAUUCUCUCAGCAGCACACAAUCACCUAUGUCAGGUCCUCUUGUUGCAGAAAAGAACAAACGUUUCAAGUUUUACUCGGGUCCUCUGGGAAAGAUCACUUCCUCCAAAUCAGGACCGCUUGUUGGAAUGGGGAAACACAACAAGAAGAUGGGACAGACUCCUGAAAGGUCUUCAGUUUCCUCAGCUAAAAAGCAAAUGAAAUCAAACCGGUUAACACAGGUUGGCCCGUUUAAAGGCUGCAUGGUGUCUCAAGAUGGUAUUACUCCACUCAGCGGUAGGACACGGAAUGGAGCUAGGAGUAGUAGUAGCAACGCGGAGCAUCAUGUUCCUAAGUCAGUACACGUUGAGAACUCGGCGUUUCCUUCCCGACCCAAGUUGUCAGAUGCUGCUCCUAAUACCCUUGGUGCAGCUUGCUUAGCGUUACACUAUGCUAACGUCAUCAUCGUGAUAGAGAGAUUUGUUGCAUCUCCUCACUUGAUAGGGGAUGAUGCGAGAGACGAUCUUUACAGCAUGUUACCGGCGAGCGUGAGAACCUCGCUGAGAGAAAGGCUAAAGCCUUACUCGAAAAACCUGAGUUCUUCCACGGUUUAUGAUCCAGGACUAGCGAAAGAAUGGACAGACGCAAUGGCGGGUAUCUUGGAAUGGUUGGGUCCGUUAGCUCACAACAUGAUAAAAUGGCAAUCCGAGAGGAGUUACGAGCACCAAAGCUUGGUUUCGAGGACGCACAUAGUUCUUGCACAAACCCUUUUCUUUGCAAACCAGCAGAAGACAGAAGCCAUCAUCACGGAGCUUCUUGUUGGGCUCAACUAUGUCUGGAGAUUUGGCAGAGAACUUAACGCCAAGGCUCUUCAAGAGUGUACCCGUGAUAUAACCCUUGAGAAAUGCUUGGACACAGAUAACUAGCGAAGCUCUCCAAGACUACAUGUUUACUACCUCUUUGACCCAAACCGGCAUUGGAACUCACCCCCGGGGAAACCAAACCGUGGGCAAGCCCAGUUGUCCAAUGCAGCUUGAACCAAACCAGAGGACAAAAAGCUGUUACAUUGCUCGAUUACCACGAGAGAGGUAUUAUGAUCUGCACACGUCUCUUUAUUAUCUUAUCCCCUUUAGUACUCUGCUUCGUGGAUUGCAAAUUGUGACUUGUUUGUAGUAGGAUGAUGAUGCAUUUGUAUAUUGUUCAAUGAUUUUAUUGUGGUUGAGAUACAUUCUACUGCAUAUAUGUAUGUGCCAUUGUUGUUUAUGUAGGUGAUACAGAAGAAUUCUUGAUUUCAAAUUUUAUGUUUGGUGUUUCUCUU